UAGUCAAACAGUGCCUGGAGAGAAGGAGCUUGGCUAUGAAGAGCGCCGCGCUGCGGUCUCUAUCGCCGCCUGCAGUUUCUACCGGAGCCCGGCUCCCUUUGCUAAGCCACGGCCCGUGAGCUUAGCGUAUCUCCACGGAGCUCGAACCGGGACCAUGAAGAUGACAGUGGACUUUGAGGAGUGCCUGAAGGACUCGCCGCGCUUUAGGGCGGCGUUGGAAGAUGUUGAAACAGAUGUAUCAGAACUUGAACUAAAGCUUGAUAAGCUGGUGAAGCUUUCCAUUGGAAUGAUCGAUGCUGGAAAAGCUUUCUGCGCUGCCAACAAGCAGUUUAUGAAUGGGGUUCGCGACCUGGCCAACUAUUCGAGCAAGGACGUAGUCAUUGAAAACAGCCUAACCAAGUUCUCUGACAGUCUUCAAGAGAUGGUCAAUUAUCAUACUAUCCUCUUCGACCAAGUCCAAAGAUCAAUCAAAACACAGCUUCAGACGUUUGUUAAAGAGGAUCUCAGAAAAUUCAAAGAUGCCAAAAAGCAGUUUGAUAAGGUCAGUGAAGAAAAAGAAAACGCACUGGUGAAAAAUGCCCAGCUGCCAAGAAACAAACAGCAUGAGGUAGAGGAAGCUACAAACAUCCUGGUAGCAACAAGAAAAUGCUUUCGACAUGUUGCUCUAGAUUACGUUCUGCAGAUCAAUGUACUUCAAUCCAAAAAAAGAUCUGAAAUCUUAAAAUCCAUGCUGUCGUUUAUGUAUGCCCAUCUAGCAUUCUUUCAUCAAGGUUAUGAUCAUUUCAGUGAGCUUGAGCCAUAUAUGAAGGACCUCGGCGCACAGUUGAAUUGUCUUGUUGUGGAUGCAGCAAAGGAAAAAAAAGAUAUGGAACUGAAGCACUCCACAAUUCAGCAAAAGGAUUUUUCUAAUGAUGAUUCCAGAGUUGAGUGUAAUGUUGAUGCAGCCAACGGUGUUGUUAUGGAAGGAUAUCUCUUCAAACGAGCUAGCAAUGCCUUCAAAACAUGGAACAGACGCUGGUUCUCUAUACAGAAUAGUCAAUUAGUGUAUCAGAAGAAAUUUAAGGAUAAUCCAACUGUCGUGGUUGAAGAUUUAAGACUUUGCACGGUUAAGCACUGUGAAGAUAUUGAAAGGCGUUUCUGCUUUGAGGUGGUCUCACCAACCAAGAGCUGCAUGCUUCAAGCAGACUCUGAGAAACUACGCCAGGCCUGGAUUAAAUCCGUUCAGACCAACAUUGCUACAGCAUACAGAGAGAGGGUAGAGGAGGUAGAGAAAGCAGACCGGAAGCCGCCGCUCUCUCCAGGUUCAGUUAUAAGCCCAGAAUCCGUAUCAAAGGAGAAGUUGGUUAAGGGGGAAAGUGCUCUGCAGCGUGUGCAGUGCAUUCCUGGAAACGCAUACUGCUGUGAUUGUGGCCUUCCAGAUCCCCGCUGGGCUAGUAUUAACCUGGGAAUUGCAUUAUGUAUCGAGUGCUCAGGGAUUCACAGGAGUCUUGGUGUCCACUUCUCUAAAGUAAGGUCUCUGACUCUGGAUACUUGGGAACCCGAGCUUAUAAAGUUAAUGUGCGAACUGGGAAAUGAUGUUGUAAAUGGCAUAUACGAAGCGCGAGUGGACAAAAUAGGUGUGAAAAAGCUUCAGAGUCCAUGCCAAAGACAGGAGAGGGAAUUGUAUAUUAAAGCCAAGUACGUGGAAAAGAAGUUUGUGGAUAAAUACGCAGAGUCCGCGCUAGCAGUGAGGAAGAAAAGCGCUUCACAAAGGAGCAGUGAGAACCGUAUCAGUGCAUCUGAUAAAAGCCUCCAUCCUGAAGAUCAUGCGCAGACACCUUCUAAGUUUCCAGUGAAAAGCAAUGACAGUGGUAUACAGUUCAGCGUUGAGGGGAGCCAGGAGCUGCUGGCAUCUGCAGUAUCUUCCAACAGUCUGUAUGGUGCAGAUAUAGACCAAAAGGAGGCAAAGCAGAAUUCCUCUGUAUUCCCGGACGCAGACCACCAGACAAAGAUUCUCCCAGGCCCGCAGUUGUACCAAGCUGCAUUUGAGAAAAACCUUCCAAGUAUGUCAGAAGCUCUAGCUCAUGGGGCAGAAGUGAACUGGGUCAACACAAAAGAAAACAAUUCCACUCCGCUUAUACAAGCAGUGCGUGGGGGAUCUCUAGUCACCUGUGAGUUCUUACUGCAGAAUGGAGCCAAUGUCAAUCAUCGUGAUAUCAAAGGACGUGGCCCCCUCCAUCACGCUACCAUGCUGGGCCAUACAGGACAAGUGUGUUUGUUCCUGAAACGAGGAGCAAACCAGCACGCUACAGAUGAAGACGGGAAGGACCCUUUAAGUAUUGCUGUAGAGGCUGCCAAUGCGGAUAUAGUGACUCUAUUGCGUUUGGCACGUAUGAAUGAAGAGAUGCGGGAAUCUGAAGGCCUUUAUGGACAGCCAGGGGACGAAACCUACCAAGACAUAUUCAGAGAUUUUUCAAACAUGGCAUCUAACAACCCAGAAAAGCUGAACAGAUAUCAACAAGAUUCUCCAAAGCAUUGAAUUGCACCAUUUCAAGGUGCUUAUGGGGGGC